CCGAAUCGGCCAAUUUAUAAGCAACAACUAUACUAGCUACUCUGCUUGGCAGCGCGUGCAAGCAGAGCGCUGCGACCGAAUCCGGUACACUCUGUUCCCUCCAAUCUUUCCUGCGAAAGCAAUCUUAUAACUACACUUAACCCGUUACAAGAAGCAUCGCAGUCCUAGUACGCGUUCAAAAAUGCAACUCCAACAAAUCAAGCCGUUCCAGCAAGCUCGGGCGGGCUCCGUGCGGCGGCAGCCCAUGCGAGUGGUGUGCCAGGCCAGCACCACGCCCGCCGCCCCCGGGCGCCAGUUCAACCCGCUGCUGAUGGGCGCGGUGGAGGCGCUGUUCCGCUUCCCGCCCUUCUUCAACGCCGCGGCCAAGAACGCUCGCGGCAUGAUCAUGAAGCGCGCCGAGGCCAUCGGGCUGGACUGGGGCAGCGCCAUGGCGGAGCUCAAGGCGCAGGACUGGGAGGCGCGCAUGAAGGAGGUGACCAACCCCAACAUCCAGUACCCCUCCUACUACACCCAGCCCUUCCACGCCUACAGCCAGGGCAACCUGUGCUGGGAGGCCGCCCUGGAGGUGACCAUGGCAGCCAAGUCCGUACACGCCAUGGUGAUGGACCCGGCGGGGAAGAAGAUGGACCCGGCGGGUGACGAGGCGCUGCGCUCGUCCUACUCGGCCCGCAUGGCGGAGUCGCUGACUCAGCUGGGCGUUGACCGGUCAACGGUCAAGCACAUUGUUGACUUUGGCGCCGCCACCGGUCUGUCCUCCCUGGAGCUGCUGCGCGCCUUCCCCUCCGCCGAGCGCGUCACGGGCCUGGACCUGAGCCCGCACUUCCUGGCGGUGGGCAAGUGGGAGCAGGAGCGCCGCGUGGCGGCCGCGGGGGGCCGGCCUGAGAAGCUGGUGUUUGUGCACGGGCUGGCGGAGGACACGGGUCUGCCGGCCGCCAGUCAGGACCUGGUGUCCAUGUGCCUGGUGGCCCACGAGCUGCCGCAGGCCGCCACCAAGGCCAUCAUGAAGGAGGCCUUCCGCAUCCUGCGGCCCGGCGGCGCCAUGUGCAUUAUGGAGAUGAACCCCGAGUCCGCGGUGUUCCAGCGCAUCUUUGGCAACCCCUUCGCCUACACCGCCUUCAAGUCCACCGAGCCUUGGCUACAGGAGUACAUUGCCUUGGACAUGCCCGGGGCGCUGCGCGAGGCGGGCUUUGCCGAGGUGGUCACUCGCGAGAGCACGCCGCGACACAAGACCGUGGUGGCGAUCAAGAAGUGAAAUGAAUACACACGAAGUGUACACUUGCGCGGGAUGCUUGGGAUGAUGAAUUGAGAAGGCACAUGUGUGUGCGGAUGCAGCGUGCUGGUACUGGUCGUGGUGCGCCGCGAUGUAGUGUUCUGGAUUGUGUCGGAGCAGGGCAGGUAGCAACGAGAGCAGAGAAAGGUAGGGUAGAGGAGUGAGAGGCGUGUGCACAUGGGUGGGCUGCGGCGGCGGCGGUGCUUGGAGCAGGAUGCGAAGGGGACUGGAGCCACGCGCUUGUGGAGUACGGUAUGCGUGUCAGUGUGUGCUGUAUGGUACAGCGGUGCACAGGGGUAGACAGGAAUUUCAGCAGGUGCCCCAGACGGAUUACGGGAUUUCGGGAACUCAGCAUGCCUGGAGAGCUACGGCUCUGCGGGUGUGGGUGGCGAAGUGUGGCGAGUGGCGAGGUGUGCGAGACUGCGGGCACACUGCGGAAUGCGGAUUGAGAGCAUCGCAUGCAUCUAGGAUUGAAGCGAUGUGUGGGGCCCAUGCAGGUUUGCGAAUUUGAUGAAAAUGACGGGGGGGCGCCACGAGAAGGCUGACGAGUGACGAGAACGCCUAUUGGCGUCAAGCGGUAACCCGCGUUUGCGCCGAGGCGGGCAUGCGUGCCAGUUGCGCAUGAGGGCCUGACGAUGCCCAACACACCAACGCAAGCCAGGCGCGUGGGCUCACCCCGCUCGUGUAUGUCUGCGAUCCUCUGCGAUCAGGUGGUGAAGGCGCGCGUUUAAGCGUCGUCCUUC